AUGAAGUUUAAAAUGCCUUCCUGUGUGACUUGCUUUUGGAGGCCUUUUCGUAGACGUUUGGGGUGUAAAGAUACAUCUUCAACGUCUUUUUCUUCCGGAUCUGCAGAAGCGACAGGAAUGGUCUCCGGAGCAGAUCGUGAGGAAAUGGGGGGAAAUUGCAGUACAACCACAAGUGACAGCUCCGUAUCUACUUCAUUUGUGGAGGUAAACCUUUUACGAGAAGACCUUAAUGCAACACGGGAUUAUCCUGACAAUUCUAUUCGCACUGCCAAGUAUACAUGGUUGUCAUGUUUUCCUCUUAGCCUUUUGUAUCAAUUUCAAAAGGUGGCAAAUAUAUACUUUUUGAUUGUGACGUUACUUUCCCUUGUUCCUGGUGCCAGCCCUGUUAAUCCAUUUAGUACAAUUUUGCCGUUAUGUAUUGUACUCGGUGCUGCCAUCAUUAAGGAUCUUUGGGAAGAUGGAAAAAGACGGCAGUCGGACGACUGUGCAAAUAACACACUUGCGUUUGUCUUACGUGGAGAAAAAUUUGUUUCCGUACCAGCCUGCUCUGUUCACGUGGGCGAUGUGAUGCUAUGUAGGCUUGGAGAAGAAGUAUUAGCAGAUGUGGUGAUGCUUAAUUCAUCCCAUCCUGGGGGUGUUGCGUAUAUUGAGACUGUCAAUCUUGACGGUGAAACAAACGCCAAGACACGACGUGCAAAGCCUCAGACAAUUGAAGCACUUGGAACAAUAGAAGACAUUAUUGAAAGUUCUCUCCCGGAUCCUGCAAUUCAGGCAUAUUUUAUGGAACGCGGCACAACGGCAUCGUGGAAUGCGGUUGCA